AACACUGUUGGGCAGACAUGCAGCGAGCACUGCAGCAGUGACUGACUGACUAUUGGAAAAUAUAAUAACACAAAAAUAGUACUGAAGAAAACGUCCUCUUGUUUUGUCAAAUGUUUAAUGGCGGUGAACAGCCUCAACAAAAACUAAAUCACGGCUACUGACAUCAAGAUAAAGAGUUAUGGAGGAUUCUUGUCUGGUUCGAUGUGACAGCCUGGAUGCUGGGUCAGGGAGGGACAGGGAGUUGAUGACCUCCGUCCACCAUAUAACCCUUGACCCUGAGGGUUCUGAGCCCACAGCAAACCUCGAACCUUCGCCAGCAGAACUGGCUCAGUGUGAGGCUGACGUGGGCACAUUGCUUAGCAUCAUUGCUGAACUGAACAAGAAGAUGGGAUCAUUAAAGGCACCAAGUGAACCAGGGGACCUGAGACCACCAGGACACUCCAGGCCUCUAGUUCCAGACCUCCUUUCCCACAGGGUGGCCAGAAGCAGCCAAGAGAGGAAGACUGCCUGUGCUGCCACUUCUAAACCUCCUCUAACUGACAGAGGGGGCGAUGGUGUAGUGUGGACUAAACUCCAGGAGGUUUUAACAUCAGUAGAGGACUCUGUCAGCUGUAAAAGGUCCUGGGCUGCCCCCAUAACAGCUUCUGAUCAAGACAAACACAGAGAGCAUCUGAGAGCAGCCCAGGAGAGCUGGGUUAAGGCCACUCAGAUAUUGGAGGAGAUGGAAAUAGAGUUUGGGAUUUCAUGCCCACCAGGCCUGCCAAAAAAACAGUAUCAGGAGGCCAAACUGGAUCUGGAGAAGCGAGACUCUGCUCUCAGAUGCACCUUUCAGAGUCCCCAGGAGGAGCUGGAGAGAGCACAAAGCACUGUCAGCCAGAUGGAGGAGGAGAAGAACAAGCUGGUUGGUCUCCAUAAGGCCUGGAGGCCAGGCAAUUGCUCUCCUUCCUAUCGGCCCACUGCAGGGGCUCUUAGUCCAGACCGGGCUUCUCCUCCCUUCCCUUGUUCACCGUUACUCUACAGAAGAGCAGCCAGAGCUGUAACACCUCUGUCUGUGGGUGAGGAUAGUUCUCCAGUAGGCUCUGGUAACUCAUGUAGUCCUUGUCGUAGCCCCAUCAGCCUGGAGUCUGAGACAGAACGACUGAACAGGUGCAUUGAGCGGCUGAGGGCCAGAAAUGAACGGCUGACUGCAGCUCUGGAGCAAACGAAGGGAGAGUCCGAAAAGAUCAGUAUUACACUACACAGACUUGAAGCUAACUGCUCUGCCCUGCAGAUGGCUCUCAGCUACUGUGAGGAGUGUGAAGAGGCCUACAGCGAGCUGCUGUCACUUUAUGAUGCCAAGAAGCAGCAUAGCAUUCCUCUGCAGACAGACUCAGCAGAGGUGGUUGGUGAAAGCCAGCAGCCAGACGGUCAAUCAGCUCAGCUCGUAAAAAUGGGAACCGAGGAGCUGUCCACCUCCUUCUCAACAGCCGGAGUCACAGAGGGGACGGAAACAAAGAGUCACACAGGGCACAGGACACCUGAGCUGGUGGGGCGAGAGGCUGUUCUCCGUCAGCAAAUUGAGCGCCUGAAGAGGGAGCGGGCGGCCAUUUGUCUUCCUAAACCGAGUCCAGGAGUUGAGGGGAAAAUGAGCCCCGAAACUGGUCACCUGGCUGAUACAAAAAAAGAGAAGGCUUCUCUCUUCUAUGAACUCAUCUCUGUCAGGGAGGAGAUGUCAGAUCUGCGAGCUCUAAUCCGACUCAAGGAGAAAGAGCUGAGGUGUUUGGAGUGGGGUUUUAUGGCCCAGAAGGCCCAAGAAUCAGCUGGAGCUUUUGCACCAGAACGCCUCAGAGAAGAGAUGGAGGAUCGUAAGACCGAACAACAGAAGCUCUGUGAAAAUGUGGCUGAACUGGGAAGUGAUGGGGACAUCGCUGAUCCUAGAACCAGACCCAUUCUGAAAGAGCUGCAGGCCGUCCUGCAAAGAGAACAAGCCCUUAAGAAGAGACUGGCUUUUGUCCAAGAUUCACUUAACACAGCUCUGUCAGACAGCACCCCGCACAGGAGGGACAAUGGAGAGCAGAUUGCUCGGCUCACACAAGCUCACAGUAAAGCCUUGAGUUCGUACCGGCAGAUUCGCAGGAAGUACCGGGAGCAAGUUUGGAGGCUGGAGCAGAAAGUGGCGGCCAUGACAGGGAGUCACCACCACCAGAGUGGAGCUCACAAAGCUGCAGGGGAAGCCUUGGAGUGGAGGAGGGAAGAGACUGUUCUGUGAUCCCGUGACUCUUCAGUCAAAGAAUCAGCCUCAUUUGUGUCAAGUUUAUCCACAUAGACUACAAUGGACUGCCCUCUUAAAUCCAAGUCCCUCAUAUGCUGUACACCAUUCAGAGUGUACCUCACGAUGUAGCCUCAUCGUUGCAUAAUCUCUUAGCCAUGCUAGCAGCUUGAAUAUAUGAUUAGAAAUGUUGGCCCACCACUUUGGUCAAGACUGUAUACAG